GAGGGAGAAGAUUCUAGCUGAGAAAGCAGCAGCUAAAGCUGUGGAGGCCAUUAAAGAGAAGGAAAAUACGGUUGCCAGAUUGGAAGGGGAGAAGCAGAGCUUGGAGAAAAUACGUGAAGCUCAAGCAACAAGCACAAGAGGCUUCAAAGCUACAAACGGCUAUGAUGCAAAACAUGGAAGCGGCUGAUAAAGAGAAGCGGAAACAUAAUAGUACUAGAAUGGAAGCCUUUACUGCAAAUGCUGACCUUGCGAAAUCACUAGCCACUGUGCAGUGGAAUCUCGAACAGGAGGUCAAUCAUUUAGCAGAACUUCGACAGCAAGUUGAGUUAAAAGAAGUUAACCAUGAAGGUAUUUCUCUGAAAUCACAAAAACUCAGGAGGAAGAUCUCUGAUACUCAUCAGAUCGAAAUAUCUUUAAAGAGUGAUACAUCGGCUUUGGAGGGUAGAAAUGGAAUAGACAUACAGGGAAUACCAUGGGAGAGGCUUAAUUUCACCAGAGAUAAGUACCGUGAAGCGCGAUUGAAGCAAUAUAAGAACUAUGAGAGCCUCGGUCGGCCUCGUCAAGACCUUGAGAAGGAGUGCUUGCAAGUGGAGAAGGUGAAGAGUUUCUAUGACUUUAACUACAACACAAGGCUUGUCAAGUCCACAAUUGUGCAUUUUCAGCACGACUCUAACCACAAAACAGAAAACCAAAACUCAUUCACAAAGCAGCCCCUAGCCCGAGCUAGCCGAGCCUUCGCUGCAGCCCGCGCGCCCGUGCGUUUGCAACCUUGCACAGCAGCUCCUGCUGUCCCCUCCCUGCAGCCCUGCGUUCCAGCCUGCUGCCACCGAAGCAUCCCUGCUGCGCAAACAAGCCAACGCACACCCACUGCAUCUUUUUCCCGUUCCUGUGCACAUCCGUCCUCCUGCAAGCCUCUAAACAUCUAGUUCGGAAGCUCAGAUCGAAAAACUUUCUUCAUAAAAGUUGUUCGUCUCUGUCUAUUCCAUCUAACCUCCGAAUUUAAGCCUUAUCGGAGUUAUAUUGAGAUCUGUACACCAAUCGAAGUACAAGCUGUUCAGAACAGAAUCUGCUCCGAAUUUUCAACAAGAUGUCAAACAUGAACAAACUCGAUUUUGUUCCAUUGGAUUAUGCAGGCAAAAGGUACUUAUUUUGGGUCACUGAUGUCGAGAUCCACCUUAUUGCCCGUGAUUUAUUGCAUACUAUCCAAGAGCUUUGUCCUAUAGAAACAGCUCCAGACCCUCAAACUGAGAAAGAUAAUUCCAAGGCACUUGCCUUCAUGAAACGUCACAUGGAUAGUGACCUACAGUUUGAGUUCAUAAAUGAGGAUAGCGCCAUAAAGCUUUGGCAUGCGCUUCGCGAACGAUAUGGCAAUGUUCGUGACUCCAUACUUCCGAAUACAGAAGCAGAAUGGAAAAAUCUUCGCUUCUCUGAAUUUGACACGGUCAUGCUGUUUUAUUCGGAAGCCCUCCGCAUCAAAGUAAUGAUGCGUCUCUGUGGAAAGAUGAUCACAGAAGACCAGUUGAUUGAGAAAACCCUCAAUACCUUCCCCGCCUGUGCUAUGAGGUCCUCUGACUUAUCCGGACUCAUGUAAAUGCAAGACGGAUCACAAGUUUUCAACAGCUUAUUGAAGCUAUGGCCACUACUGAAAGACAUGGCAAUGAACUUGUGCAAAGAAGAUUUGAUAGGCUUCAAGAUAGCUAUCAAGAGCAUCGUCCUAUGGCUAGAGAAAGUCGCCAUCGACGUCAUGAUCCAUACGAUCGAAAUGCUCAAGAAGGUAAUCGCUCAAGGCGACAAUCACACGACCGUAGGAGGCGUGAUUUUGAGGGAAAUAGGGUUGGAAACCAUGGAGCCAACGUUGGCCAUGGGCACCACUUUCCAACGCCACCAGUCCUAGGGACUAUGCAUAUUGCGCCAAUGCGCCUCAAUCAAGGGAGAAUCCUCUUUAUGGUGUCUAUUUCUGAUAUGGAACGUCUGAUCAAUGGACCUGAAUUUGCAAUGCACCUACGAAGGUAGCCGCAUCAUGGUGAUCAAGACAUCGAGUUCACAAAGACUUUAAAUCUGGCGAUGAAGACAAAAUGCCGUAGAUUUUUAUUUAGAAUAGUCUUUUAAUUUCCAAGAAUUAUGUAAUGGCAAUUAUGCCUUAAUCAAUAAAAUGACUUAUUGGAUUA